AUGCCUAAUUUUGAAUACUGUUUACAGGAUCCCGUCACUGAUAAUUUACGUUGUUUGAAAAAUACAAUAGAAACAAUAGAAAACUAUAACUUUCAAUCUUUUCCUCAUAUAACUGCCUUUAAAAAAUGCUCGAUGCUAUGUUUAAAAAAACUAGGACUUUUCGAUAAAAAUACUAGUCUUACUGAAAAUACUAUGGCAAUUAUUGAAUUGGAUAGCUGUUUUAUCACUCAUAUAUUACAUACUGAUUCGGAAUCAUCUCCUGUCAAUUGGAAUUUAUUAAAAAUAUUCAAUAUAACUAUUGGAUUCAUAAUUAUAUAUGCUGUUUUCAAUAUUGUAAAAAAUAACAGUUUGCUAAUUAUUACUUUGCGCUCUAAAAUAAGACAUUAUUUGAAUAAAUGUUAUAUUUUUUUUGUUGAACCAAAGGAAACCAAUGCACCCAAGAUAGAUAUGGUGACAAUUCUUGGUAUGAUAAAUAGCUUAACUGAAGCAAUAGAAAAGACAAAUAAGUCCCAAGAAGAUAUUUUUACUGGAAUCACUUAUUUGCAACAAAAAUUGGAUUAUAUUUCAAAGGAAAUCCGUCUUUUGAAAGCCAUAUAUUUGAAAUUUACAGCCGUACACAAAAUGACAAAAAAAAAUAAUGGAUCUCUAGCAUACAAGUCAAAAAGGAACAAUAUUGAGUUCCUAACUGUGAACAAGGAAAAGCAAAACGAAAAAAGAAGUAUAGAAAAUAACAAAAAUAAAGCAACUGCCAAUUCAAGUGUUGUUAGUCAAGAUUCAAUAGUAGUAGAACAAAAAGGUAAAAUAACAAGACAAAAAACACCAAGCAGUAAUAUAAAUGCACAAAAAAGACCUUUACUAGAUAUUUCGCCAAAUAGCUUAAAUAUCCAGACACAAAACACUGUGCGACCCCCAUCUACUGGAAACCCCCCAAUUGAAAAAAGAUCUGGUUAUGUGGAGACUUUAUCACAUGGUAAUGAUUUGCUACGAUUAGGAUUCGAAACAAAACCGAAAGAAGUUCCCCUUUUUAAGGCGGGAAACCCUUCAAUAAGGAUUCACGGGAGAAAAACUGGAAUGAUUUUUGAUUUAACAAGUAAAGAGGGCAGAAGGAUAUGGAAAGAUUAUAUUGGUUCAAACAAAUCAACAAGAACCAAUCAAGAGCAACAGCAACAGCAACAAGCAAAUUCAAACAUUCAAAACGAAAAUUUAACUUCUGCUUCUGAGCCGCUGUCUAAUUUUCCGACUGAUAUAAGAACAGAAGAUAAAGAUGGCAACCCCUAUAGGCGGGUGUAUGUUCCAGGAAGAGGUUGGUAUUCAAGAAUGAGAUAUUUAGAAGUUGUAAGCAGUAAUGCCUAA